AUGAGGGUCAGCGGGGCAUUCCUGAUUGCUUUCUCUUCUGCCCUCGCUCUUCCAACCUCCGAAAAAUGGAUUGAGAAAGAUGUCUGCAUCAUCGGAGGAGGUGCGAGCGGCACGUACGCUGCCGUAAGACUGAAACAGCAGCAUGUCGAUGUGGCUCUAAUUGAGAAGGAGGGCAAACUUGGUGGUCCAGUCACGACGUACACAGACUCCAGCACCGGCCAGACGUACGACUACGGCGUUCAAGUCUUCUCGAACCUGUCCGUCGUCCACAGCUUCUUCCACCACUUCGACAUCCCUCUGGUGCAGCUACCUCCUCCGUCAGGCGGCGACACAAAGAUGAUGAACUUUGAGACCGGCGAAGUGGUGCCUCCAGCACAACUCUACCUGGGUAACCUCACAGAGGCUAUGCUCGGUUAUGCGGAGCAACAGGCCAAAUACUCGUCCAUAUUCGAGGACUGGGAUCUACCAGACCCAGUACCGGAAGACUUGCUGCUGCCCUUUGGAGACUUUCUCAAGAAGCACAAUCUCGAGGCUUUCGCAUACAUCGCUUUCCUCUACGACCAAGGCAUCGCAAACCUCUUGGCACAACCGACGCUAUAUGUCAUGAAGUAUCAGGACCGAGUGCAGAUACAAGACCUGCUGACCGGCGGCUUUGUCGUCAACGGUCUCCAGAACAACCAGCUGCUGUACGACCGUGCCGCAGCUGCGAUAGAUGACGGCAGAAGUCUGUAUCUGAACAGUUAUCCCACCGAGAUCACCCGACACUCCGACCGCGUUGAGAUCACGGUCGUCACGAAGAACGGUGUCAAGCAUAUCAGAGCUCGCAAGCUUUUGGUCACCAUCCCACCCAAGUCCACCGUGAGCUUCCUCGAUCUCGACCGCUCUGAGCAGACCAUGUUCAGACAGUUCAACAACAGCUACUACUGGAACGCCAUCCUGAAGAACACCGGCAUACCCGUCGGCACCACCUUACCUAACGUCAACCCCGAAGCGCCGCUCAACAUCCCAGCUAUGCCCGGCAUGUACACCUUCCUUGCCUCCCCCGUCCCAGGCUUGCACGCUACUUACUACAGCAGCCCGCACAACAUGUCCGACGAAGAAGUCUCCGCCGACAUCUUGUCCACGCUACAAAGAGUCCGACAGGGUGCUGGAUACCCAGAGCCAGAGCAUAGUCCGGAGCUUGUUGCUCUGCAUAAGUGGUCGCAGUUCGAGAUGACGGUAUCUAACGAUGCGAUACGGAAGGGGUUCUAUAACGACUUGUUGGCGCUGCAGGGAAAGAAGAAUACGUGGUGGACGGGGGCGACGUGGAUGAACCAGGCUACUGCUACGCUUUGGAGGUACACUGAGGAGAAGGUGUUGCCGCAUUUGGUGCCGGAGAGGGAUAUUUUGAGGGUACAGGAAUGA